AGAUUCCCUUCCAUCUCCACCGCCAGGAUGGAGGGCUCUGCUUGCUCUUGACAGCCUCCGGUCCCACCUGAGCUGAGGCUUUACGUCCAUCCCGGCGACUUGCAGCUUCCGUCUGAAGACUGUGGUCACCUGGGCUGAGGAGCCCCAGCCUCGUCAUGGACCCAGAGUGCUCCCGGCUCCUCCCUGCGCUCUGUGCCGUCCUGGCAGACCCCAGGCAGCCUGUGGCAGAUGACACUUGUUUGGAGAAGCUGCUGGACUGGUUUACAGCGGUAACCGAAGCAGGGUCCAGCCUCCUGUUACUACAGGAAAAUCCCUGCCUGGUAGAGCUGCUGUUCCACGUGCUGAAAUCCCAGGACCUAAGUUCCAGAAUCCUCUCCUUCUCACUCCGCCUCGCAGGGAUAUUUGCAGCCCAGGAAAACUGCUUCCAGUAUCUUCAGCAGGGGGAGCUGCUGCCCAUGCUCUUUGGGGAGGUGGGCCCCCUCGGAGGAGCGGCCUGGACGGCCCCCGCUGUGCGCAGCGGCUGGAUCCAGGGCCUGCGCACCCUGGCACAGCAUCCUAGCGCCCUGCGCUUCCUCGCUGCCUGUGGUGCAGUUGACACCAUCUUCUCCCUGCAGGGAGAUCCCAGCCUGUUUGUGGCCUCGGCAGCCGGGCAGCUCCUGGUGCACAUUCUGGACUUGGCGAUGCGGGGCCCAGCCGAGGGCCACCGCAGUCCGCAGGCUUGUGACUGGCCAGCAUGUGCCCAGAAGAUCGUGGGUCACAUCGAAGACUCCCUGUGCUCCACAGCCGUCCCGCAGGUCACACAGGCCCUGAGUGUCCUGACCACUGCGUUCGGGCACUGCCACGGCCUUUGGACGCAAGGCCUUUGGGUGCGGCUGAGCCCCCUCGUGGCCCGCCUGCUCGAGAAAGACCCUGUCCCAGCCUCACACUCGCUCGUGGAUCUCCUCCUCAGCGUGGCCCGUUCUGCGCCGAGCUCUUACCGUGGCCUGUGGGAGACUUUGGCCCAGACACUGAGCCACUUGAGCCCCACACAGGCUUUGGGGAUCCUGAAACUGCAGGACUGUCCACAGGCACUGAGGACCCAGGCCUUUGGCAUCCUCCUCCAGCCCCUGGCCUGUGUCCUGGAAGCUGCUGCUCAGGCCCCUGGACCCCCAGGCUUGCUGGAGGGGGCCGCAGGCAACUCGAUGACGGUGGACACGCUCCUCUCCUCCAAGUCGGCCUGUGUGGGUCUCCUGUGCUGUGCUCUGGCCCACCUGGGGCUGCUGCAGCCGCUGCCCCAGCGCCCCUCGCCCUGGCCGCAGGCGCCCCUGCUUGGGGCUGCGGUGACAAUACUGCGGCUCUGCAGUGGCUCAGCGGCCCCCACCUCCGAUGUGGGCAGCCGUCUCUGUGCGAUCCUGGUGGGCUGUGGCCGGGUCCAGCGAGCUGCCCUGGAUUUCCUGGGGGCGCUGUCUCAGGGGACCGGCCCUCAAGAGUUGGUGACGCAGGUGUUUUCCGUCCUCCUGGAGUACCUCGUGAGCCCUGAGUCCAGCUCCAUGGUUCUGAAGAAGGCCUUCCAGGCCACACUCAGGUGGCUCCUGAGCUCACCCAAGACCCCCGACUGCUGCGACCUGGACCCCCACACCCAGCUGUUCCUCAGAGAGCUGCUUCCUGUGCUACAGAAGCGCCUGUGCAGCCCCUGCUGGGAGGUAAGGGACUCAGGCCUCGAGUUCCUGACCCAAAUGACCAGACACUGGGGAGGGCAGGCCGGCUUCAGACAAGCGCUCCUUGCUUCAGAGGUGCCCGAGCUCACCAAGCAGCUUCUGCGAGACCCUGAGAGUUACGUCCGCGCGAGCGCAGUGACCGCCACAGGGCAGUUGUCUAGCUGGGGGCUGUGUGCCACCCCUGCCAGCCCUGAGUGCCCAGGGGCUCAGCAGGAGAGCCUGCUCGUGGAGCUUCUGCACAUCCUCUCCACAGACUCGGAGGGCUUCCCCCGGAGGGCCGUCAUGCAGGUCUUCACUGAGUGGCUGAGGGAUGGCCACGCUGAUGUAGCUGAAGACGCGGAGCGGUUUGUGGCUGGAGCGCUCCAGGCGGCGAGCAGGGACUUGGACUGGGAGGUGCGGGCCCAGGGCCUCGAGCUGGCACUGGUGUUCCUGGAGCAGUUGCUGGGUCAGCGCGGCUCCCACUGUCCCUAUGCCGUGGCCCUGCCCGAGACAGCCCCACCUGGUGUGCUGGCCCAGGCCCUGCAGGUGCUCUGCCGUGUGCAGCUCUUUGAGUUUGCCUUCCGUGCCUUGUUUGACUGUGACCGACCUGUGGCCCAGAAGUCCUGUGAUCUUCUCCUAUUCCUGAGGGCCAAGGCUGCUCCCUGUGGCAGCCCGCAGGAGGCAGGGGACAGUCCCAACGUGGCCUCUGUGGAGGCCACCCUGCAGAGGUGGCAGGCAGGUGAGCAGGGUCAGCCCCUGGGGUACCUGGAGCCCGGGGCCGUCGUAGCUCUGCUGAGGUCUGUAGACCUGGAGGGCCUUCGGGACACUCUGGCUGAGAGCAGUGACCAUGUGGAGAAGAGCCCCCAGUCACUCUUGCAGGACAUGCUGGCUGCCGUGGGCGUCCUUGGGGAGAACGAGGCCGACUGCUACUGACCAGCCUAGUGGCAACCUCCCCAGGACCCUGCUGCUGCACCACGUCCCUUCCUUGGGCCCUGCCAUCCUGAGGGCUCUAGUCUGGCCUGGCUGCACAAGGGACCCUCCAGGGAAGCCAGGACCAGGUGAGCCCAGCAAGCUCAAAGAGCCCCACAUUUUGAUGUAUUGCUGAAGAAGUGGCUUAUUUUCUACUCAAAAUAAGUGUGAUUUGAUGGUGCCACUGGGUCAGCACAGUGUCCUAAGACUGCCCAGGGGUAGGCCCCAGGCCUGGUGGGGGCUGGAGAAACAUCUGGAGGGGACCCUCUGCACAGUGGCCACGUGCUUCCUUGGCACGGAGGGGUGGUUCCUCUGCUUGGAUCCCACCGUGCCCCAGGGACACCCAAGGUCAGAGAGCAAGCAGCUCAGGCUGGAGUGUGUCUGGCCUUGGUCCCUGGUCCCUAACGGUAGUGACCCCAGGUCUAACCAAGCCAGGUUUUCAGUCUCUGAACCUCCAGGAUCAGCUUGACUUUGUAACGGUUCAGAGCUCACCAUUUCAACUCACCAGGCACGUAGGGUUGCCAGUGGUAACAUCAGGGGAGUUCAGCUCUGGGCUGGUCCUCAGGGGACCAAACAGACGGUACACCAGCCCAAGCUCUGCCAUUUCCCAGCCAUGUGACCCUGGGUUGACCUGUUCCCCAUCUGUAAAAUGGGAAUUUUACUCUUUGCCUCCCAGAGGUAAGUGUCUCAGUGUUCUAAAGCACCCAGCACAGUCAAAGAAGAAAUCUCAAGAGAAACUUUAAAAUAUUUUUAACUGAAUGAAAGUGAAAUUACAACUUACCAAAAUUUGUGGGAUGCAGCAGAAGCAGUGCUCAGAGGGAUGUUUAUAGCAUUGAAUGCGUAUAUGAGAAAAGAAGAAACAUCUAAAAUCAAUAAACUAAGCUUCCACCUUAGGAAACUGGAAAAAGAGCAAAUUCAACCCAAAGUAAGCACAAGAAAAGAAAUAAUAAAAACUAGAGCAGAAAUCAAUGAAAUUGAAAACAGGAAAUCAAUAGAGGAAAUCAAGUAAACCAAAAACUGGUUUUUGAACAGAUAAUAAAGUCAAUAGGCCCCUAGCUAGGCUAAGGAAAAAAAGGGAAGACACAAAUUACUAGUACCAGAAAUAAAAGGGGACAUCACUGCAGAUCCCAUGAUAAUUGAAAGGAUAAUAAGGGAACACGGAGCAACUCUGUGCCCACAAAUUUGAUAACCUACCUGAGAUGGACUAAUUCUUUGAAAGACAGUCUGCCAAACUGAUACAAGAAAUAGAUGAUCUGAGUAGGCCUGUAUCUGUUAAAUUGAAUCCAUAAUUAACAACCUUCUAAAACAGAAAGCAUGAGGCCCAGGUGGCUUCACUAGUGAAUUCUACAAAACAUUUAAGGAAGAAAUUAUACCAGUCCUCUACAGUUUUCCAGAAGAUAGAGCAGAGGGAAUACUUCCUAACUCAUUCUAUGAGGCCAGCAUUACCCUAAUACCAAAACCAGACAAAUAUCCAAGAAAACUAGGAACCAGUAUCUCUCAUCAUAGAUACAGAAGUCCUUAACAAAAUAUUAGCAGAUUGCAUCCAACAAUGUAUAAAAAGAAUUAUACACCAAGAUCAAGUGGGGUCUACUUCAUGUAUGCAAGGCUGGUUCAGCAUUUGAAAAUCAGAGCGAUCCAUCCCAUCAACAGGGUAAAGCAGGAAAAGCACAGUCGUAUCAGCUGCAGGAAAGGCAUUUGGCAAAACCCCUUACUAUCCUCAGGUUUUAGGUUGGGCUGAGAGGUGACCCCACAGCCUCUGGAAAGACCCAUGUCCUUUGCUGUGUCAUAGAAACUUCUUGCAGGGAGAGGUGUGUGUGGACAGCAGGGGACCUGUUCCUGGGAGAUGCUGUGCCCUGUGGAAAGCAGCUGGUGUUGUCUCGGGCAGAAUUUGCAUUCUUGGUGCAGGCCUAGCAGGUCUGUCUUCUCACUCCUUCACUAAGGCAAACGCCCAUCAGAUGGACCUACCUGGUCAAACCCUGGCUUCACCACUUACAGGCUGCUCUGUCCUUGGGCAGGUCAUUUAAUUCCACUCAGCCUGGCCUUGUCUAUGAAAUGGGGAUGGACCUCCCCAAGCUGUUGAGAACUGACUGGGACAUGGUGAAUAAAAUGCCUGACAUUGUGACUUUCACAAAGAAGAUAGUCAACAAGAAGGUGUUAGCUUCUUCCUUUAGUCCUUCCCCUCCCUUAACUGCUGUUCCCAAGGUUGUGUGGAUCGGCCUUUUCUCUUCCUGCUCUGCCCACCUCCUCUGAGUGAGUUAAUUCAGUUCCCUGGCUUCACACACAACCCUCACACCGACAGGUUAGGACUCCUGUCAGACUUCUCUGAGCCCUGGACCUGCAUGUCUAGUGCCAGUGGGUCAGCUGCACUGGGUCAGCUGCACUGGGAUAGGACAAGGACCCUGCACGUGUGACAACACUAAGCUGCGUCCACUGCUUCUCUAGUGGAUUCCUGAAGUCACUUCUCAAAGGGCCUCCUUCCAGCAGCCUUCCCUUCCUCUACUCUUACCCUCUCUGGCUGAAGCAAUCUGUCCAAACCUGGUUAUUCUCACUCCCCUGCCUAGACCCUACUGUGUCUCCCCAUUGUCAACAGGCUGGCACACAAGACCCUUCAGGCUGGGCACCUGACAUCUCCAGCACAGUCUCCUGCAAAGCCCUGCCUUAGUCCAUACCCUGGAAAAUCGCCAGUGUGUGACUGUAAAUUGCUUGGCAGUGCUUAGAUUUCUGGGCCCUCUAUCUGAGUUUCUGAAGCAGGAGGUCCACAGUGGGGCCCGUGAAGCUGCAUUUUUAAAAAAAGUUUAUUUUUGACUGCAUUGGGUCUUCAUUGCUGCACGUGGGCUUUCUCUAGUGGUGAGCGGGGGCUACUCUUCGUUGUGGUGCGUGGGCUUCUCAUUGCGGUGGCUUGUUGUGGAGCAUGGGUUCUAGGUGCAUGGGCUUCAGUAGUUGUGGCACAUAGGCUCAGUGGUUGUGGCUUGCAGGCUCUAAAGUGCAGGUUCAGUAGUUGUGGUGUACGGGCUGAGCUGCUCCACAGCAUGUGGGAUCUUCCUGGACCAGGGAUCAAGCCCGUGUACCCUGCAUUGGCAGGCGGAUUCUUAACCACUGUGCCACCAGGGAAGUCCUGAACCUUCAUUUUUAACAAGCGUAACAGGAGAGCCUGGUGAUAAAAGUAUGUGUUUUGGUUUGUCUAAAACUGUCUUCACUGUCAUACUUGAAUAUAUUGAGCAUAAAUUCUAAGUUAGUGGCUGUUUCCUUCCAACACACUGAAAUACACUGAGUGCAUUCCACCAUCCCCUGGCUUGCAUUGUUGUGGCCAAGAGGUCACUGUCCAUCUACCUGCUGUUCUUGGAGGGAGCCUAUCUUUUCAGUGGAUGUUCUUAAGUUUCCCAUUGUCUUUGGUUUUUCUGUAAUUUUACUACCAUGGAUAGGUGAGAAUUUUUAAAUUUAUUCUUGGGAUUCUUGAAUCUGGAUUGGUGUUUUUCACCAGUUCUGGCAAAUUCUCAGCCGCUAUGCUUUCAAAGUGCUUUUCUCUGAUCCAGAUUCUCUCUCUAGCACCACCCCCUUCUCUUUCUCUCCUCCUAGAAUAGAGAUCUAUACAUCUGAGAUCUCAUUGUUCUCUCCACAUCUUUUAAUCUCUCCACUAUUUUCCGUCUUUUGAUUUUUGUAUGUUGUGUUGUGUUUGUGCUUUUAAACAUUUGUUAACACUUUAGCUUCCUGUUCUGUGCUGAUAUUUUCAAGCUUACCUUUGACUUCUUCAAACUUAAGAAGCUCCGUUGUUUUAUAACCCAUGUCUGUAUUACAGUAACACUAGCUGCUUAUCAAACAAACCUUAAAAUUUCAUGGCUUAAACUAAUGCAGGUUUAUUCACUAACCAUAGAGUAGUGCACUGUAGGUGUUUCUCCAUUGGGCAGCUUUCCCCCAGGUGGUGAAAUGGGGACCCAGGUCCCUUCAUUCUGGUGCCUUCUCAUCAUCAACCCAUGGUUCCUAAGGUUCCCCUAGAGUUUGGGCCCAGGCCAGGCAUCCAGGAAUGAGAGAAGAGUAUGGAGGUUCAGAUAGAGGUUUUGAUGGGUGAGGCCCAGAAGUUGCACAGUUGUUAUCACCUACAUUCUUUGGCCCAGACUUCAGUCAUUUGGCCAUGCCUGACUACAAAGGACUCAGGAAUGCAGUAGGGCCAAGUGCAUGGGACCAACCAGCCGGGGUUUGCCACAGCGCGCCCAGUUCCAGGACACAAAGCCCACACGUGUCUGCUCGUGACUUGUUGUUUUCACAUGUUCUUGGUCAUCUUUAAAUGUGUGGUGAUCACUGGCUUCAAAAACUUAUAUGUGGGGAUUCUUGGAAGCCUAGGGUGAAGGGGCCCCCAUCAUUCCAAAUUCACUGCUUGGAGUUCUCUGCCCAACCAGCUUACACAUCCCUGGGUCUCAAAUCAGUGAAAGGGCAGAUCUGUAGCUCUGACUUCUCAGGAACUUGGUUGCAUUUUGAUUUUGCUUCUCUUAGCACCAAGUCAGUCUUAUCUACGGUUCCCUGAGAUUUGGAGCAGGAUGGAGGAGGCAGGUUUAAUUCUGAGUCAUUAGUACCCUGAGAGCAUAACUCUUAAGAUUUUCAGUUUAUUAUUUUUGCUUUUUGAAGUAUAGUUGAUAUAUAAUAUUAGUUUCAGAUGUACAAUAUAACGAUUGAAUAUUUUUAUAUGUUAUACUCUAUUUAAAGUUGUUAUAAAAUACUGGCUAUAUUCCCUGUGCUGUAUAAUAUAUCCUUGUAGAUUAUUUAUUUUAUAUAGUAGUUUAUACCUCUUAAUGCCCUACCCCUAUUUUGCCCCUCCCUCCUUCCCUCUCCCCACUGGUAACCACUAGUUUAUUCUCUAUAUCUAUGAGUGUUUUGUUAUAUCCAUUUGUUAUAUUUUUCAGAUUCCACAUAUAAGUGAUAACAUAUAAUAUCUGUCUUUGUCUGACUUAUUUAAGCUUAAAACCUUCCAGGUCUAUCCAUGUUGCUGCAAAUGGACAAAUAUUCUUUUUUAUGGCCGAGUCAUAUUCCUCUGUGUGUGUGUGUGUGUGUGUGUGUGUGUGUGUGUACUUAUCCAUUCAUCUAUUGAUGGACACUUGGGUUGCUGUCACAUCUUAGUUAUUGUAAAUAGUGCUGCUAUGAACAUUGGGGUGCAUGUAUCUUUUCAAAUUAGUGUUUUCAUUUUUUCUAGAUAAUAUACUCAGGAGUGGACUUGCCAUACCAUAAGGUAGUUUUAUUUUUAGUUUUUUAAGAAACCUCCGUAAUGUUCUCCAUAGUGGCUGCACCAAUUUACGUUCCCACCAAUAGUGCACAAGGUUUCCCUUUUUUCCACAUCCUUGCCAACAUUUAUCAUUUGUAGAUUUCUUGAUGGUAGCCAUUUUGACAGGUGUGAGGUGGUAUUUCAUUGUGGUUGUGAUUUGCAUUUCUUUGAUGAUUAGCAAUGUUGAGCGUCUUUUCAUGUGCCUGUUGGCCAUCUAUAUAUCUUCUUUGGAAAAAAAUGUCUCUUCAGGACUUCCACCCAUUUUUUAAUUGGGUUAUUUGUUUUUUUGGAUGUUGAGUUGCAUGAGUUGCUUAUACAUUUUGGAUAUUAACCCCUUAUCGGUUAUAUCAUUUGCAAAUAUUUUCUCCCGUUCAGUAGGUUGUCUUUUUGCUUUGUCAGUGGUUUUCUUUGCUGUGCAAAAGCUUGUAAGUUUAUUAAGUCCCAUUUGGUUAUUUUUACUUUUGUUUCCUUUGCUUUAGGAGAUAGAUCCAAAAAAAAAAAACUAUGAUUUAUGUCAAAGAGUGUUCUGCCUAUGUUUUCUUCAAGGAGAUUUAUGGUUUGUGGUCUUACAUUUAGGUUUUUAAUCCAUCUUCAGUUUAUGUAUAUGAUGUGAGAAAAUGUAGUAAUUUAAUUCUUUUACAUGUAGCUGUCCAGCUUUCCCAGCACUGCUUAUUGAAGAGAUUGUCUUUUUCUUCCUUUUUUUUUUUUAACAUCUUUAUUGGGGUAUAAUUGCUUUACAAUGGUGUGUUAGUUUCUGCUUUAUAACAAAGUGAAUCAGUUAUACGUAUACAUAUGUUCCCAUAUCUCUUCCCUCUUGUGUCUCCCUCCCUCCCACCCUCCCUAUCCCACCCCUUUUUCCAUUGUACAUUCUUGCCUCCUUUGUUGUAGAUUAAUUGACUAUAAAUGCAUGGUUUCUCUAUUCUGUUGUAGAUUAAUCGACCAUUUCUGGACUUUGUUCUGUUUCAUUGGUAUACAUGUCUGUUUUUGUGUCAGUACCAUACUGUUUUAAUUACUGUAGCUUUGUAGUAUAGUCUGAAGUCAGGGAGUGUGACACAUCCAGCUUUGUUCUUUUUUCUCAAGAUUAUGUUGGCUAUUCAGGGUCUUUUGUGCUUUCCUAUUAAUUUUAGGAUUAUAUGGUCUAUUUCUGUUAGAAAUGUAAUGUGUAUUUUGAUAGGAAUUGCAUUAAAUCUGUAGACUGCUUUGGGUAAUAUG